UUGCUCGUUGCUGGUACCUACCAUUCCCCCUUUCCUCCUUUUCCUUCCUCUCGGCUACCAUUCCCCCGAUUCCUGGAGAGAGAAAGGAGACAGUAUUUCUUCCUCUGCCUCCUCCCCAUCUUCGUUCUAUUCCUCUCUCUCCGUCUCCUCCCUCUUUCUCGAGUGCCCUUUGAAUUUCUGAACCGUCAUCGGAGCGAGAGAGUGUGUGAGAGUGAGGGUGAGAGACAAUGGAUGGUAGGAGGGGAAUGAUCCUCAUGGUGGCGGCGAUGGUGGCGGGCUUGAUGUUUCCCGGCGGCUCGUGCGUGGAGGAGAUGCAUCACGUCGUGGGAGAAGACCGCGGCUGGGAUGCGGCUUCCGACGUCGGCGCUUGGGCCACCGGCAAGAUGUUCAGAGUCGGAGACAACCUCUGGUUCGCUUACUCAGCGACUCUAGAAAGUGUUGUGGAGUUGAGGAGCAGGGAGGAGUUCGAGUCCUGCGACCUGCGCAACCCGUUGCGGAUGUACACUGAUGGACUGGACAAGGUGAGGCUAGAGAGUGAAGGCAGCCGCUUCUUUGUCAGUGGGCAGUCGGCAAAUUGCAAGAAAGGCCUGAAGCUGCACGUCGAUGUGCGUUCAUGGGAUGAGCAGGAGAAGGGUAAUAAUAAGCUCAUGGCCGAGCUCGCCGAAGGGCCGUCCCCUUCAGCGGCCGUCAACCUUAGAACUGUGUCUGCUGUUCUGCCUUGGCUUGUUCUUGCCGCUGUCUGGCUGUUUGGCUAGGCUGAUGAUGUGCUUUUAUUGCACCGUCCCUGUAAUGCAGCUUUCUGUUUCUGUUUACUUUAUUUCUUAUAGUUUUCUGCAACUUUGUUCUGCUUUUCUUGUUUGAAUCUCUAUGAAUCCCUGGGACCUUGGUUUAUCAUGGAGAUUAUGCAUCCAUACUCAAGGUGGUAGUGACAAUAAUUAUAAUCUUAUGGCCGCAAUUUGAGAAGGGAUUGUUCAUUUUCA